AUGACUCUCACUCCUGGUUUUGAUUAUACCGACAAUUCGCACAGACGAUACAACCUUUUGACAGAGUCAUGGGUCUUAGUUUCACCACAUAGAGCUAAAAGACCCUGGCUUGGCCAACAAGAAAAACAGUACGACUCCUCCUGCUCUUUAAGCUACGACUCAGGAUGCUACUUAUGCCCUGGCAACCCCAGGGCUUCUGGCGACGUCAACCCUACAUAUGCAUCAACUUUCAUAUUUCCAAAUGAUUUUUCAGCAGUAAAAGCAGAGCAGCCGCCACUUGAAGCCGAUCCCGAAUCAAGUACGCUGAGAGCCCGGUUAAUCAAAGCCGAGUCUGUGAAAGGCGAGUGUUUCGUUAUAUGUUUCAGCCCACAACACAAUCUGACAAUACCUCUGAUGAAAUGUGAAGCAAUUGAAGAAGUCGUGAAAGCGUGGACCGAUCUUUUCCGCAAAUUGGAGAAAGAAGCAUCUGUACAGCACAAGCCCUAUAGAUAUCUUCAAAUUUUCGAGAAUAAAGGUACGGCGAUGGGCUGUUCAAACCUUCAUCCACAUGGUCAGGCUUGGUGCCUAAGUGCUAUACCAAGCGAGGUGCACCAAGAAUUCGCAGCGUUCGAGAAGUAUAAUCACCAGCACUCGAGCCAUUUGAUGGGUGACUAUGUUCUAAUGGAACUUCAAGAGCGGGAGCGAGUCGUCCUAGAGAAUGAUACGUUUGUCGUCGUUGUACCAUAUUGGGCGGUGUGGCCGUUUGAAACAAUGGUAGUCAGUAAAGCUCAUAUAUGCUCGCUCAAUGAGAUCGAUGACUCCCAAAGAAAGGAUCUAGCCUCUAUAACGAGGCAAUUGACCAUAAAGUACGACAAUUUGUUUGAAACGAGCUUUCCUUAUUCAAUGGGUAUACAUCAGGCUCCCUUAAAUGCAACCCCGGAGGAAAAGGAAAAUUCAUGGUUCCAUAUGCAUUUCUACCCACCACUACUCAGGUCAGCCACAGUAAGGAAAUUUCUGGUAGGAUUCGAGCUUUUAGGCGAACCUCAGAGAGAUUUGACCGCGGAGCAGGCUGCAGAGAGAUUAAGGCAUCUUAAUGCAGAGCACCAUUUUUCAGAGCAAGUUGGCAGAUCUUAA